CUAACCCAAUGAAUUAACCCUGUCGGACUUUGAAACUUUUUCAGCUGGUAUACUUUUUCCUCAACGUCGAGCGUGACGUCCUCGGCCAUCAUGCCUACCCAUGCUCUUCUCGAGACCGCGUCCGGCUAUGCUAUAUUUGAGGUCAAACUCACAGGGGAAAUUGAGGCCAAGUCCAAAGCCUUCCAGGAUUCAAUAAUCGAUUUUUCGAAAUUCUCAAAAAUGGUGUCGCUUAUGAGCUUCUCGCCUUUUAAAAGUGCAGCUCACGCGCUGGAGAAUGCGAAUGACAUCUCUGAAUCAAUCGUCAACGAUUACCUGAAAUCCCUUGUCGAGCUCAACCUUUCCAAGCCUACCAAAAAAUCAUCCAUUGUGCUGGCCGUAACGGAUCCAAAUUUGGGAAACUCGAUACGCACUGAGACUAAGGUGCAAUGCGAGUCGGGAGACAUGGCUAUGGAGCUUAUUCGAGGUCUUCGUCUACACGCAACCAAGUUGCUCAAAGGAUUGCAGAACGAUGAUUUUACCAAGUCCCAGCUCGGUUUGGGCCACUCCUACUCUCGCGCCAAGCUAAAGUUCAACGUGAACCGACACGACAACAUGAUCAUUCAAGCCAUUGCCCUCCUUGAUCAACUCGACAAGGACGUUAACCUCUUCUCCAUGCGCAUUCGGGAAUGGUAUGGUUAUCAUUUCCCAGAACUCGUCAAACUCGUUCCCGACAACCAUCAGUAUGCCCGUCUUGCCCAGUUUAUCGGCGACAAGGAGACACUUACCGAAGAGAAGCUCCCCGAGAUAGAGGCUAUCCUCGAAGACAAUUCUACCGUCGCCCAAAAUAUCCUAGAUGCCGCCCGCGGUUCCAUGGGUUCCUCCCUCUCCGAAAUUGACAUGCUCAACAUCUCCACAUUUGCCAUACGUGUCGUCUCGCUAAGCGAAUACCGGAAGUCAUUAAUCACAUAUUUAUCCGACAAGAUGAACCUCGUCGCGCCAAGUCUUACGGCUCUGCUAGGCGAUCGAAUCGGCGCACGGCUUAUCAGCCAUGCUGGAAGUCUGACGAAUCUCAGUAAAUACCCUGCCAGCACCGUGCAGAUUUUGGGUGCCGAGAAAGCGUUAUUCAGAGCUCUGAAAACGAAGGGAAACACGCCCAAGUACGGGCUCAUCUAUCACUCGACGUUCAUUGGUCGUGCUGGACCCAAGCAUAAGGGUCGUAUUUCGCGAUUCCUGGCGAACAAAUGUUCAAUUGCGUCGCGGAUAGAUUGCUACUCCGACAACCCUACCGCAAAAUUCGGAGAGGCGCUUCGAGGACAAGUCGAAGAGCGUCUUGAGUUCUUUGAACACGGAACCCCUCCGUCGAAGAACGCUGAUGCGAUCCGGAAGGUUUUGGAUGCGCUUGCAGAAGAGGAGGAGGAAGAUGUUGAGAUGGAUGGGCCUGCCUUGACGACUCUCGAGCCGUCACCAAAGAAGGAGAAGAAGAAAAAGCGAAAGAGUGAUGCUAUGGAUGUUGACGAAGACGAGGAACCUUCACCGAAAAAGAAGGUGAAAUUGUCAAAGGAGGAAAAGAAGGCGCUGAAGAAGGCUGAGAAAGAGAAGGCCAAGAAAGAGGGUGUUGAAGUGGAUGCGGAUGUCCCUAAGAAGGAGAAGAAAGACAAAAAGGAGAAAAAGGAGAAGGAGAAAAAGAAGGAUAAGAAGAAGAAGGAGUAGUUUCCUUUAUCUCGGUGCCCUCUCUCCUUGUUGGUUCUGAUUUAUCUAUAUCCUAUCCGUUUUCUCUCAGUCUGUAUAUAUUGUACGAUCUUCUGAUCGAUGAGAGACGUUCAAGACUGCUUCUCUAGAUUCCGGUUAAGGUUU